AUGGACGGUUGCUUCGACCUCGCGCACUUCGGCCACGCCAACGCCCUACGUCUGGCCAAGGCGUGCGGCGACGAGCUCGUCGUCGGCCUCGUCCCCGACGACGAGAUUCGUCGGUGCAAGGGUCCCCCGGUGCUGAACGAGGACGAACGUCGCGCGGUGGUGGAGAGCUUCCGAUGGGUGGAUGAGAUAAUCUUCGACGUUCCGUAUGAUAUCAACCCCGAGUUCAUGCAGACGCUGUGGCGCAAGCACCGCAUAGACUACAUCGUCCACGGGGAUGAUCCUUGCCUCCUUCCCGACGGCACCGACGCGUACGCGGCACCCAAGAAGGAGGGAAGGUUCAUGACCAUCAAGCGCACGGAGGGGGUGUCGACGACGGAUAUCGUCGGGAGGAUGCUCGCGGCGAGCCAGCAGACCCGGCGCGGCUUCCUCAGCCCGAGGAAGAGCGGCGGGUCGGACAAGGGCGGCAACGAGUCCGGCGAGAAGCUGUCGCACUUCUGCACGACGAGCCGGAGGGUGGCGCAGUUCAGCGGCGGCGGGGGUAAACCCAUCCCGCCAGGCGCCCGUGUCGUGUACGUUCACGGUGCGUUCGACAUGUUCCACGCGGGCCACGUCCACCUUCUCGAGGCUGCGAAGGAGCUCGGGGACUAUGUCCUGGUGGGGGUGCACGAGGACGAAGCCGUUCGGUCCCGCCGGGGCGCGUCGCACCCGAUACUGAACCAGCAGGAGCGUUCCCUGGGCGCGAUGGCGUGCAGACACGCGGAUGAAGUCAUCAUGGGCGUCCCGGAUGAGGUGACGCGUGAUCUCAUCGCCACGUUCAACGUCGCCGCCGUCGUCGCGGAGGAGCCGUGCGCGCCGGCGCUGGCGGACACCCCAGCCGAUCCAAACCGCGUGCCCAGGGAGAUGGGAAUCUUCAGGGAGGUUGCCAAGGGUACCGCGAGGGGCGCGGACCUGACCACGGCGACGAUCAUACAGCGGGUGGCGGACGACAGGGCCGCGUACGAGGAGAGGAACGCGAGGAAGGGCAAGGCUGAGGAGAAUUAUUAUUCGCUCAAGAGGAAAGGGGAGGUGGACAAGGCGGAGGAGAGGGGAGCUUAG